CCAGUGUGCACUGCCCCGGCGCGUACCCAAGCGCAGAGGACACAAAGCUUAUGAGCAACUUGAUUCUGCAGUCGCACUCUGACGCAGCUCACCCAAAAUGCACGGGCUAUUCGCUGCUGUUACUUCUGCUGAUGCCCCUCGUUCUUGGUGCAUGAGCUCCACACAAUGCGAUGCGCAGCAUGUCUACCACCUUUUGACCAAGCAUGUUGUCUUUGAUGUGGCUGGUCCUUUAAAGGGGGAUCAUGUUGACUUCUACUGUCAAACGCUCUGUCUCUCCUCCCUCAGCUCUUAAAAUCCUUUUUCAAAACAAUCCCAUUCAAUCCUUUGGCUUGUAUGAGCAAGGUGGACGAGUUUUUCACACCCACAUCAACACCACCAACCAUGGACACCAGUUCUGAAGUGGCUACGAGCGACAUCAUAUCCUUGUCUACGUCUACCUCAGAAUCAGCGCCUAUCACUACACCCGUCUGUGUCUAUGAAUGAGAGUAACAGUAUCAGUUACUUCCGUGAUCUAGUUGCAACCAGGGACACUCUAAACGACAGCCUCACUAGCAGCCUAGUCAAUGCGUAUGGCGAUGUUGUCCGCAAAGAGUUCCUGCGUCCGUUGGCUAACCCAAGUGUCCAUGAUAUGAUUGAUCUGUCAACCUGCAGCAUCGACAGACACGGUGAUCUGCUCAAGGGCAUCAAGAGCGACAUCUACCGCGCUCUGCUACCGCUUGACACGGCGAUAUGGAAGUGCCUACACAGCGCAUUAGACAAAUAUGAUAUUGUGGAGCUGCCUGGCAAGCAGCCAGAUAUCUUCUCUGGCAUCAUGCGCAGCGAAAGCAGCCGAUUCAACUGCUACGCGUUCUCGCUGAGCCCCGCUAAAUAUCUGCCCCGGUUUAUACCCUCUGGCGUCAAGACACUGGACAAUGGGCGUCUCAACUGGAGAAGCUAUUAAAGUUUGGCUGUAAAAUGACAUGCAAUAUAUGAAGUCUCUGGCAG